AUGGAGUCGAACUCAUCGUCAUCGUCGUCGUCGUUCGGCCCCGGCACGCUGAUCAUGAUCGCCGGCCUGCUGCGAGAGCCGGCCGGCACGCGGCCGCUCGUCUUCACCGUCGUCCUCCUCCUCUACGCGGUGGCGCUCGUCGGCAACCUGCUGCUGUGCGCAGCCAUCUACCGCGACCCGCGCCUCCACAGGCCCAUGUUCAUCCUGCUCGCAAACCUGGCCAUCAGCGACGUCGUCGGCUGCUCCGCCACGCUGCCGCGCAUCAUGCGCGACCUGGCGGCGCCCAACCUCAUCACGGUGGGCGAGUGCGUCGCCCAGGUGCUCGCCAUCCACUUCUACCGCGCCCUCGAGUGCUUCGUGCUCUCGGCGAUGGCCCUCGACCGCUACGCGGCCGUCUGCAGGCCCCUGCGCUACCACGCGGCGGCGACCAACGGGCGGGCCCUCGCCGCGAACGCGGCGGCCGCGGCGGCCGCCCUCGUCCUGCUGGCGGCCCUCGGCGCGAUGGUUCGGCGGCUCGCGCUGCCCGAGUGCAUGCGGCCGCCGGCGUCGGCGUCGGCGUCGGCGUCGGCGACGGCGGCGACGAUGGAGUCGGCGCACUGCGACAACACGGCGCUCACGGCCAUGUCGUGCGUCGACGGGCGCCCCAACAACGCGUACGGAGUCGUCGAGGCGCUCCUCACCGUGGGCCUGUCGCUCGCCGUCGUCGCCUUUUCCUACGGCAGCAUCGUCUACGAGGUGGCGGUCGCCGCUCGGAGAGGCCACGGCGGCGGCGGCGGCGGCGGCGGCGGAGGAGGGAGUGGCGGCCGAGGCGGUCAAAGUGGUGGUGGUGGCAGUGGUCCUGGUGGUGGCGGUAUUGGAGGUAGCGGUGGCGCCGGAGGUCGCGGCGGCGGCGGCGGCGGCGGCGGCGGCGGCCGCGGCCGCGGCUGCUGCGGUAUCUCGACGCCCUCGGCGACGUUCGACCGCGGCCGCGACAAGGCCCUGCGCACCUGCGUGACCCACCUGCUCGUGCUCGCCGUCUUCUACGUGCCGGUCGUCUUCGUCAUCCUCUACAACCGCGUGGACAAGCCCGCGGUCAUCCCGGGCGCCGUGCGCCAGGGACUCGGCUGCGUCUUCUACGCUGUGCCGCCGGCCCUCAACCCCGUCAUCUACGGCCUUCGCACGGGCGCCAUCAGGCGAGCCGUCGCCUCCAUGCGGCCACCGUGGCUGCGAGGCCCUCGCUGCAGGAGGCUUCGGGCCGCCCCGGUGGUGAUGCCGUGGUCCGGGAGCGGUGGGCAUGGGUAG